ACAAAAAAGAGAUAGUCAAUUAUUUCUAGUUAUUCAGACAAUUUGUUUCUCAUUGAAGAAGCUGAAUGAUAGCACAAAAAUUUUUUAUUUCAAGAAUAUUGAGUUUGCCAUGAAACAAUAUUUGAAUAUUUGUGUUCUUUUUCAAGGAAAAGUUAUAAAAUAUGUUCAAAGCAGAAUCAAUUAGUACAUUAAGUGAUCAUGAGGAUGAUAUUGAUGAUUUGGAUGGCUCUAUUGUAUGGUCCCAAGAAGAACCACUUUCUUCCAAUGAAAUAUUAGAAUUAUCAACUCAAGAUGAGAGAGAAAAUAAUUUUGCUUUCUGUCGAUUAUGUGCUGGCCAAACUAGUAAUCCAAUAUUUAUCUAUUCUAAACUCGGAGAAUCAAUGAAAUUGGCUCAUAAAAUAAAUACAUGUCUAAGUAUUAAGAUUAGAAAAACAGAUCCAUUACCAAAACAGCUUUGUUUGGCCUGUAUCGAGAAAGUAAAUUAUUAUGACAGGUUUGACACACAGUGUAUUAAAGCGGAAGAAAUUCUUUUAACAAUGUUAAAGGAGAGACAAUCUUUCAAUACUUCCAAUCACAAAAAUCAAAUUUUAUCUGACCGACAGUCCUGUCCCUUAUGCAUAGAAGGUUACAUGAAUACAUGUGAAAACAUGUCUCAGCAUGUUAAAGAUAUAGAAUUAGACGAGAACGAUAUAAUCUUAGAAAGCAGCGACGAGGAAAGUAUAUUUAAUAAUGUAAAUGUCGAUAAGGAAAAUGGAAAUCGCUCUAUUAUGUUACAAUGUUUAGGAAAUAGGCAGAAAUACUUGAAAUGCGGCGCGUGCAUGAAUCUCUAUCAUACUAAGGAGACUCUAGAUGGUCACAAGUGUAAGCCCAAUGUGCAGAGCACGACGAAACCAUACAAGUGUCUUACGUGUGACGCAACGUUUAGUUUCGAGGAACGUUUGAACUUCCACACGCAAUUUCACAGAGGCGCAAAAGCGUUGUAUUGUGAAAACUGCAAAGUAACUUUCGGUAAAGAAUUGAAGCUAUUCUAUCACUACAAGAGAUACCAUUCUAAGGAUAUUAGCAUCUCGUGUCUGCAAUGUGGAAAAUUAUUCGAAAAUCAGGAGACGCUUCGUGUGCACGUUUGCGUGGAUGGUAAGAAUCGACCACACAUUUGCGAGGUGUGUAACAAAGGCUUUUCCGAUGGCUAUACCUUGAAGCGUCAUAUAGUGACACACCUGCCCGAGAAGCCUUACAAGUGCUCGCAAUGUUCGAAGAGCUUUACUCAGAAGUCAAGAUUGAAUAAACAUGUCGCGAGUCACUGCAUCGUUAUUGAAAACAACCAGACAGUUUGGAAAUGCAUUCAAUGCGGCGAAGUAUUUAUCUCUUGCGAUGACGCUGAUGCUCAUUACAAGAUACACGAGGAUAAGAUUACAUUGAUCGAGGAACUAUCGAUAUCGAAAUUAUACCACUGUGAAUUCUGUAAUAGUCACUUUACCGACGUGGACAACCUGAAGACUCAUCAAAAUCGACACGUUGUUGAAAAACCAUACACGUGUAACGUAUGCCAAACUAUGUAUAAAUCAUUUGCGGAGGCCAUUUUACAUUGGAAGGAACACCAGAGAUUAUUCAAAGUCCUCAUCGUCUUUUUAUGCGAUGUUUGCAACAAGGACAUGAAGGAAUUAUCUCUAUUGUAUAAACAUAAGCAAAAGAGACACGAUUAUGCAGCCAGAUUAUCCGAAUCCGGUGAUGCAAAGUUCGUGUGCGAACUAUGCGGAAAUAUAUUCGAUAGAAGCGAGGAUAUACAGGCUCACGGACGAGAUCAGUGUUCCAAAUUUCCCUGUGAUAUCUGCGGCAAUCUACUGCCCACGGCAAAUUCGUUGAAUGCUCAUAAAAGGCGGCACAAUGGACUGCGACCGUACGUCUGUAAUAUCUGUGGAAAGAGUUACACUCAGUCCAGUCACAUGUGGACUCACAAGAGAUUCCACAUGGGCGUCAAGCCUUAUGCUUGCGAGUAUUGCGAUCAGCGUUUCACGAUAAAGCCGGAUUUGGCGGAUCACACCAGAAAGAAGCAUACGAGGGAGAGACCAUUCAAGUGCGACGUCUGUAAUAAGGCUUUUCUCACCGGAUCUGUAUUUUAUCAGCAUAGAUUAAUACACCGUGGUGAUCGUAGAUACAAAUGCCACUACUGCGAAAAGGCCUUCACCAGAACAGAGGCUUUAAAUAAUCACAUUAAAAUACACACUGGGGAAAAGCCGCAUGCGUGCGAUGUGUGCGGCAGAUGCUUCAGACAGAAAGGAGACAUGAGGAAACAUAGACGCACCCAACAUAAUUCAAAACAGGAUACAUCUUGAAACUUUUUUCGUAUUUCAAAUGCAUGAAUGCGUGAAUUAUUUUCGUUAUUUUUGUAUUUUAAUUAUCAUUACAUCGAUAACUAACAAAUAUGUAUAUAAUAAUCUAUUUGUGCAACAUGAUUCUAUUAUACUAUUGUAUAAUGAAUAUAA